GUUCCCGUUACCGGAGAAUGUACGCGGAUCAUUAUGUGACAUCUUAACGGAAACGGUACGUGAGCACGAGAGCUAGGCAACAGCGACAGGGACACGUCCAUCUUGAAUCCAGAAAUACACUGGAAUCUUCAGUGACAUGUCUCUGGCUCAGAGGGUUUUACUGACCUGGGUCUUCACCCUAGUCUUCCUCAUCAUGCUCGUGCUCAAACUGGAUGGGAAGGUGCAGUGGAACUGGUUCCUCAUCUUCCUCCCUGUUUGGGUCUUCGAUGGCAUCCUCAUCCUCAUGCUCGCCAUCAAGAUGGCAGGCCGCUGCAAGCCUGGGUACGACCCCCGCAACGGCUCCCCGGACCUGCGGCUGCGCGCCUGGUACCUGACCGCCAUGCUGCUCAAGCUGGGCUUCUGCCUGACACUGUGCGCCAAGCUGGAGAAGCUGGCCGACGUGAAGCUGACGUUUGUGUGCAUUCCGCUGUGGACCAUGUUACUGGGAGCGCUGGUGGAGCUGGGGCUGAAUAUCUUUCCUGAGAGGAGAGAGGCCUGAGGAGAGGAGGGGGGGUAAUUACACCAACGCAAGACUUCUGUACAAAAUGUGUUUGUAUGACCAUUACUUUGUGAAAGUGGAGACUUUCGCCUUGGCCCGAUUGUCUCCACAGAGGACUGAGACUCGAGAAGGAAUCCAAUCAUCACCAGAUACAUCCGAUCUUAUGAAUAAUAGAUUGUAAAAAUAGAAGAACUCCGGGAAGUGUUCAGUGAAGGUUGAAGCAGAGCUGGCCCUCUGCUGCCUGUGACCGCAUGUGAAUCACAGUAUAUUCAUUUAAAGGAAACAAAACAAAUAGGCUGGCUCUCAGUUUAGAGCAAUACCUCUGCCAAGGCCCAGAUUUCGCACCGAAUCCAUCAUGUUCAUUUGGACGUAGUUUUACACACAGAAAUAUCAGUACCAUGGGUUUUUUCAUCAAGAUCCAUGAAUUAUUCUCAGAGUAUUUGGUGAAAAUCUCGCAACGUUUACAAAAACAUAAUUCCUGGAUUAGCCCUAAACUUUAAUGGGUUCUUUCUAGGAUCAUGUCCCAUCCUUCCAUGUUUGGUGAAAAUCUAACUUUUGCAUAAUGCUGUUGACAAACAAACGGCGGAGGUAAAAAUCCAACAACGCUCAAAAUGUUUUAUUUCUUUACGAAGAAUACAAAAAAUGCCAAUGCAGGAAUCAAAUGCAUUUGUAUAAAACUACUGUGAAGCCGACACUGGAAAAAAACAACCUUUUUCUUAUGCUAUUGAUUCUUUUUUUUAUUGUACAUAAACUAGCGCUGCUGCUGAUGCUGGGGAGGGAAGUGAACAAACAGUAUUUGAUGAAUUUUGACUUAAUUUUUCUGUAUUUAAACAUUUGCUCUUGGUACCAGAUUGUGGAGUAUUAAUUUUGAUACAUGUGCUUCAGAUAUUGUUUGGCUGUAUUUACACACAGGCACUUUGUGUUUUUCAUUCCAGAGCUGCGGAGGGUAGUUGGCCAAAUGUUAUUUUACAAGUCAUAGAUUAACUUUUUAAGUGUUCACGGUUUUUGUUUGUUUUGUUUGGCUUUUUAUCUACAGGCUGCCCUCUCUGUCUUGUACAAUUUUUAUUUUGUACCAUUUGAAUCAUUAUGUGUACCAAGAAAAUCAUUAAGCUGGUCCAAGAUAGAUUUAAUAUUUUUAAACCUAUCACAAAUGACUUGUUGGUGAAGAAAUUAAGAUCAUGUUCUUACCGUAUAUUCCAUUUAAAGUAUUAAUGUCAAACUACAACAAAGCUCAACAGAUUAUUUUCUGUGUUGAGUUGAUCAUUGAUCCGACGUCACGGUACAGCCGACACCGUGUACGACUGAGGUGUUUUCUUUUGUGCCAUGUGAUUGUUCCGCGAGUAUUUCAAAAACAUUCUUCACAUUAUUUUGCACUAAGUUGACAAGAAAAUAAAUGUAUGUUUUGAUGUGGCAUGCACGUCUUUAUAGUAAAUGAUUUAUAUGAAA